CAGUAGUUGAGGUAACUAUGAAGCUAAAACAUACACCAUAUGAGGCUCCUCUGCAAUGUUAGGCCCACCAAAAUCAUUCUCCAGCUAAACCCAGUCUCCUAGGGCAACAUACACGUCGAUUACAUUAUAAAGGAUCCUGUCUAUAUCAUAUGCUGCGCUGGAGUCCUCAUCGCCGAAGGGACCUUGCCGCUGUCGCGUCCGUUUCUGCCCUUGUGUUUUUAACCAGCUAUGUAAACAUCUUGAAGGCUUACUGUGAGGGGCAGGCGCACGGCCUGCCAAAGGACUCGCCUGUCCUUGCCACCUACCCAUGCAAUGGGUCGGGGCCAGUGCGGGCGUCCCAUAUAUACCGCUUCGCACCUAGAGUCCUAUAUGACCUGGCGUCGUUAAAUCGCGACCACUGGAUAACCGUCAGCGUCUUCAGCUGCAUAGGACGGCUUCUGUCCGCGCUUCUCGUGCCGGACCCUUUUUACACGGACGUCCUAGCACCUCUAAUAACGUAUGUACUGCGUAGCGCCUCAGUGCUAUACCAUGUGCUGCUUGGCCCUGGCUACACGCCGACCUCGACGUCUGCCUUUCGCCUCUUCACCAUGCAUGCGCCAAUCGAAAUCUUCUUCUUCUUCGCUCUCCAGCCCACUUCGCAAACCAGCGGCUGGAUCGAGCUUCUGUACGGCAUCUACAACACAGCCUGCGGACUUCUGCUGUGCUCGUGGUACAGCGGCAGGCAGCAGCCGUACCUCCGCGACCUCAAACUCGGCCGGGUCCUUGUGCAGCGGCUCAUAGUCACGUGUGCUAACCUUUUCUUGCACACCACAUUCCGCCGUCGUCGUUAUGACCAGCCUCGACAGCAGCAGCAGCGGCGACAUCACCAUCUUCAUCUCCAACAUCGGUCGCCAGCAGACGGGGUGGGCCAGUGCACAUCAAUAGCAACCAAAGCAUCCUGCAGCAGCAAAACCCAGGACGUUCCUGCCAAAGUGUCCGACGAAGGCGGCAGCAGCAACAGCCAGGCUCAUUCAACCCCCCCUGCAGGCGGCUGCAGCGGCCCUGCUGUUGUUGCAGCGGUGGACCCCACCCAGUCACCCCCGAGCCCCAUGCACGCUGCCCCAUGCGGCGAGCUGGGGCGCAGCAUGGGCGCUGCUGCAGCACUCGCCCGAGGCGACCCACCCGCCCGCGGCGCCCCUGCUGUUCCCCACCGCUCGCCCGCCGCCCCACCUCCUCCUCCUCCUCCUCCUCCUCCUCCUGCUGCUGCAACACCCGCCACCAGCCGCAGAGUACCUGCUGCACCACCCGCACCCGCACCCGCACCCACGCCCGCCUCCUCGCUGGCCUCCCUGCGUCUGCAGCCCUACACCCGCUCCACCCGCCUCACCCGCGUGUACCUCAAGAUCUACGGCGCGGAGCCGCACC